CGUAGUACUCCCAUUUCAUCUCGAUGGCUCUGACAAGGCCAGAACGUUACGAUAUCAAAGACUCAAAUAUUGCUCUGCUUGGCUCAGAUCUCGAAAAACGUGUACGGGAACGCGCUGGAGAUAAAGAAUCUGCUUGGGAAGAUGCAGGAAAGGAGCCAGGUCUUCGCAUCUGGAGAAUAGAGAACUUCCAUGUCGUACCUUGGCCUGAAAAGAAUAACGGUCUAUUCUAUGACGGUGAUUCAUACAUCGUCCUUCAUACAUACAAGAAAUCUGCCGAUUCCGAUGCGCUAGCUCAUGACCUACAUUUCUGGCUAGGCGAGAAUACGACGCAGGAUGAAGCAGGUACAGCUGCUUACAAGACUGUGGAGUUGGACGACCAUCUCCAUGGCGCACCUGUUCAAUAUCGUGAAGUCCAAGAUAAUGAAUCGAACCGCUUCCUCUCUUACUUCCCCAAGUUUCAGUGUCUGAAAGGUGGAGUCGCAACCGGCUUUCACCACGUUACCGAUCCACCUCCGCUGGACUUGAACAAACUCUAUCGAAUUAGUGCAUCCAAGUCCGGUUCUCUGACAGCUCUUGUCAUCCGUGAAGUCGCUCCGGUACAGGCAAACCUUAGAAAGGGGGACGUCUUUGUCCUCGACAAGGGAUCCAAAGUCCUACAGUUCAACACCAAAGCUAGUGUCGGGAAGGAAAAAUUCAAAGCAGCAGAGUUUGUCCAAAGCUUGGUUGAUGCCCGACAAGGUCAAUGCUCAGUCACUGUCUAUGACGAAGGAGGGGCUGGGUCGGGCGUAUUCCUAGGCGAAUUCGGCGAUGGUACUACAUUGCAACCCGAAGCUAACGAUACGGUCCAUACCGAAACGACCAACCCUACACUCUUCCGUCUAUCCGAUGCGACAGGUCAAGUUGUUUUUGAACAAACUAAACCCGUCAGCUUUGAUUCUCUUGUUUCUUCUGACGUAUUUUUACUUGACGACUCUUCGAAUCCCGAUGGUCCGGCCGUAUUCGUGUGGUUGGGGAGAGAGUCAUCGUUGAAUGAACGUCGGUUGGCGGGUGAAUAUGCCCAGCGCUUCCUCUACGAUAACCAUCUUGGUGAAAGGUCCGCGGUGCCUGUUAUUACGAUGAGAGAGGGUGACGAGGCGCCUCAGUUCUUGAAGAUAUUCGCUUGAGGAAGCAUUUGGACGGAAGAGACAAAAUAUCAAUGUAAACAUAACACCAGGACAGUUCAUUUUCACUCGAAAAAGACAAAUUGUC